CUCCCUGCCACCAGCCACUACUUGCUCUGAGCUCUGAGAUCAUCAGAGCUUGUAUCUAUAUGCUUUUUUGACAUUUAACCUCAAAACAUAGUCCGUCUGUAGGUUUUGGAGUUCGAAUGAAAAAAAAGUAGUAAAGAUUAGCGUCUGAUAAGUAUCAAAAUAUGCGCGUCUGCAUGUAGUUCGAUAAAACGUUUGUGCGUUUUCGUUGAGUGCGUUUGUUCAUUUGAAAAACCAAGUGUCUUUCGGGAAAGUAAACAAAGCUGGCAUCGGAAAAGGAAAAAUGUUGUCUGCCAGAGAUAUUGGAAAAACCGAUUACAUCAGUUUAAAUAUUAACGAUGGCGGCACUUUUACUCGUGGCAGUUCCAAAAGCUUGUGGAGGCAAUGGAAUCAACUCUCAAGAUUCCAAAGAAACGUCUGUUACUUCGUUUUCAUGACAAUUCUCCUUGUGAUGUUUUACCUCUUACCGGGACACACGAGAAAUACGAUUAUCGAAAAUGAGGUAGAAUACGAAAAUCUCAAAGAUGUAACGAUUACACAAAAAAUUGAAAAAGUACUGGAAGAAAUAGUGGUUGAGAAUGGAGACCAGGGUAUUGGCGCUGCUGCUGGUGGGGAAGUGAUUGAAGAGCCUGAAUUUCAACCAGAAAUAAAUCAGGUUGAUGACAAUCAAAUCGGUGAACCGCCUCAACCUAAACCAAAACCACACAAAUUUCCUGGACCACAAAAUUCCAGGCAAGAGGCUGUGAUAAAAGCAUUUAAGCAUUCGUGGGAAGGAUACAAAAAAUAUGCAUGGGGUCAUGACAAUGUUAAGCCCAUAUCCAAGAGUUUCCAUGAAUGGUUUGGGCUUGGAUUAACUAUAGUAGAUUCGCUCGACACCAUGUAUAUCAUGGGAUUGAACAAAGAAUUCAAAGAAGCUCGAACAUGGGUCGAGGAAACUUUAGUAUUUAGUAACAAUAGGGAUGUUAAUUUAUUCGAAGUUACCAUUAGAGUACUCGGAGGCCUUUUGGCUGCUUAUCAUCUUUCGGGAGACAAAAUGUUUCUCAAUAAAGCUUUGGAUUUGGGAGAUCGUUCUUUGCCAGCGUUCUCAACAAGGUCAGGAGUUCCAUUUUCAGAUGUAAAUUUGGGGACAAAAAGUGCCCAUAGUCCAAAGUGGGGUCCGGACAGUAGCACGAGUGAAGUAACGUCGUUGCAAUUGGAAUUCAGGGAUUUGAGUCGAAGCACAGGUCGACCGAGGUUUGAGGCUGCAGCUGCUAAAGUCUCGGAGCAUGUGCACAAUCUUGAAAAAUACGAUGGUCUCGUUCCAAUAUUCAUAAAUCCAAAUACCGGACAGUUCAGAGAAUACUCGACGAUCACUCUCGGUGCACGAGGUGACAGUUACUACGAAUAUUUGCUCAAACAGUGGCUCCAAACGGGCAAGACAAUUGACUACUUGCGAGACGAUUACGCGAUGGCCAUUUCCGGUACGCAAAAACAUCUCGUGAAACGAACUGCUAAGAAUAAUUAUUUAUUCAUUGCUGAACUCAUCGGUGCUACGAAAGACAUGAAAAUGAAAAUGGAUCACUUAACUUGCUAUUUGAGUGGAACUCUCGCCCUCGGCGCCCAUCACGGACUCGGAUCUGAACACAUGGACUUUGCCAAAGAACUUUUACGCACUUGUUACCAAACCUAUGCGAUUCAUCCAACAUUCCUCGCUCCGGAAAUCACGUACUUCAAUGUGGUCGAGAAACCUGAGGAAGAGGCGGAGAAUCAAAUGGACAUGUACGUCCAAUCGAACGACGCGCAUAAUCUCCUGCGACCGGAAUUUAUCGAAAGUCUUUUUUACAUGUGGUACUUGACAGGAAACAAAACUUAUCAGGAUUGGGGCUGGCAAAUAUUUCAGGGUUUUGAAAACUACACCAAAGUGGAAAACGGAUACACGAGCAUUGGAAAUGUGCGAAGCACCCAGAACACGAGGCCGCGAGAUAUGACGGAGAGUUUUUGGUACGCAGAGACUCUCAAGUAUUUGUAUCUCUUGUUUGACGAUACGAAGCAGUUGAUAGAUUUGGACAGAUGGAUAUUCAACUCGGAGGGUCAUCCAUUGCCGAUAUACGAGUCAUAAAAUAUAGUUGUGAAUAUGAGGACGAUGACAGUCGACGAUCGAAAUUGAUGGAGGUGAAGGAAGGAAAGAAAAAAAAGAGUGAGGGAAAAUACGUGGGUCGUUUUCGUCGAUCGUCAUAACCGAUCUCGGGACAGUACUUACAAUAGCAUUUUUUACGUUUCUUCUUUUUUUCCUCUAAAUCUCUUCAACGUACAACGUACAACGACAAAAUACGAAGAGAAAUUUCAGCGAUAGUAUAACUGAUAAUCGAUCAUUGUACGAAGACGAUUCGUGAGUCUUGUAGUAAUAAUUUGAACGAAAAACCAUAGGAGACGGGAGUCUAGUCGUUAUUGUUUAAUGUAACGAGAAAUAACACUAUUUUUGUCCGCCAAAGUUGCAAACGCGACGCAGUUUCCUGCUAUUUUUACUUUCUCUGUUCACCAAUCUACUCUCUAUGCGAAAAUGUGCGAUUGCAUUACCGGGAAUUCAAUUGCACCAGAGUUUGUCACGAAUGAGAAUGAGGAGACGAAAGACAAAUGUUUAUGAAGGGGGAACCUGCUUAGGAGAGCGAGCUCACGAGCUUUUCGACGUAAAUCCAAUUUUCCUAAUUUUUAUACUGGUCAAAGUGACGAACAAAUAACCGAUCGGUCGUUAAUAAGUAUUUUUCUUUGUUAAAUCUCGAAACUCCAUUUGACCGCACGAUAAUUAUCGAUCAUAUAGCAAUAAUGUUGAAUAAUAAACACAACGCGAGAAGAUAAAGAGAAAUGAGUGUUAAUUACAGCCAGUCAAUUUGGCUCGAGCGAUAAUAUUGAAAAUGAGAAUUAACUCCGGGGCCUCGUUAGCUUGUAAUUAUCGAAUUGUGAUUGAUCAAUGAGUAGAUACAAUUGAAUAUAUAUAUCGAAUUCGUAACGUUUCGUGGAUCAUUAUCACGAUCGUUAGAGGUUCGUAGAUUAGCUUGAUUAUUUUGUAAAUAAUAAACACUCUAAAACUAA